AUGGCAGCGAACGCCGAUAUCCAAGUGUCACGCACUCUUGGCCUCGACCAGAAGGCCGCAGUCCCCCCGAGCCAGUCUCUCGAUAAGUCAGAAACCGAAUCUGGGGAUGAUGCUGAUGCCAUUAGAGAGCGCAUCCUGGCGGAGCGUCUGCAGGCGAGCAACCCGCCUGUGUUCCCUAUCAUGACGUUGCUCCUGAAGAAGGACCACAAGCAGCUGGACGAGAUCGCCACCCAACGGUCUGUCUACGAUGACCCAUCGAUUUCACGGUUCUUCACGCCUACUGCACGAUAUGAGAACUUGCACCGCUUUGGCACCGAGGCGAGAUGGACCUGGAGAGAGGACCUGCCUCUCAUCAACAAGAUUGACUGGAAGAUUACGCUUUGGGCCUGCAUUGCCUUCCUUGGCUUGGACAUGGACAGAGGCAAUCUGAGUCAGGCUAACACCGACAACUUCCUCGAAGACUUGGGGCUCAGUACCGAUGGAAACACGGUCUUCAGGCUGGCCUUUCUGUGUGCCGAACUUCCUUCGCAGCUCGUUAGUAAGAAGCUGGGACCCGAUAGAUGGACCGGAAAGCGAAUCGUGCUUUGA